AUGGCCGCCCGCCCCGAGCCGAUGAAUGCGACAACCCACCAUGCGAAGGUGAAGGUGUCGCUCACGCUCGGCAAGCCCGUCUUUGUCGCUGGCGGGAACAUCACCGGGAAGAUGGAGAUGGAGUGCAAGGCCGACAAGGGUCUCGGGAUUGGCGUCAUGAUGGUCGAGCUGUAUGCCAUCCAAGAGCUUACGUCGCGAGACCACUCCGCCAAAUCGACCUUCAUCCACAGCAGACGCCUCUUCCAGGGGCCCGGCCUCCCGCCCUCAAAUGCCGUCCAAGCGCAUCCCAUCCCCGGCGAGGCCCCGCUGCCGCCCCAAUAUCACCAGGCCCGCCGCGGGACUUCCACCUUCAUAUUCAAAUUUCCCCUUCCAGAGUCGUCUCCAUCGUCAAUCAACUUUGGCGGCGACCUUGCGCGUGUGAGAUACGAGCUGCGCGCCAGCGUUGGCGUUGCCUGGCGAGGCGAGAAGCGGCUUGUGGUCGACAAGCUCGAUGCCCCCGUCGUCGAAUGUCUGCAAGAAGGCCCUGAAAAGCCGCAAGCAGAAGGCGUCGUCGUUGCUGAGAACGGCAAGAUCUGGGCACAGGGCAAAGUUGUCGGUGGCGUUGUUGUCGCAGGGGAGAGCGGUUGUGUCGAGCUUCAAGUAAAGAACCACUCGACGAAGAAGGUGCGGAUCUACCCCCCUCUUAGACUUUUCACUGACAAGCUCCCUUCGAUUCAGAAUACCGGUCUUGUCGUAGCGCUCACACGCUCGUUGGUGCUUUCUAAUGUCCCCUCCACCGACAAGGCCCCCCUUCAAAUCUCUGAUACCCUCGUCACGGUACCUUUCCGUGGACAAGAAUACAUUAUACCUCCUGGCGCGGAAGGCGUCGCUAGUCUUGUUUUCGACGUUCCCAAGCAUGCUCGUGGUGUCAGAGGAGGCUUGCUGCAUGGCGACAACGCUGCAGUCAAACCGACUCAUUCCAUAUUCGAAGUACAAUGCGUUAUAAGCAUCAAGAUGACCAUGGGCUUUGGCAGCAAAGAUAUAGAACUUGAUCUCCCGGUUCAAGUAGUGCAUCCUCUCGCUCUCCCUGAACUUCCCGAGCUUCCGCCACAACCACAACCAUACCCCUACUACCCUGACCCCCGAGCUGCCCCGCCAUAUGGCUAUUCUGGCCAUCCAAUAGCUUCACCAAUGCCUAUCCCCACUGCGUAUAUGGACCCACAACAAGCGCAAGUCUGGCUUCCACCAGUAUCGCAUACGCCCCAGCCAUAUAACCAAUAUUAUUCUCCUGCCCCAGGACAACCGCAAUAUUAUUUCCCUCCUCCUCCAACCCAACCCGUUUAUCAGCCUAUUCCUCUCAAUCUUGCCCGACCACUCAGUGCGGAAGGAAUUCGGUCAGAUACAUUGGCUGUUCCUGGCCUUGGCCCGCCAUCAGACGAUCCGGCACAAGGCGAAGAAGGAAAGGGUACUCGUGCUUCACGCAUCUCGCAGCAUCUGCACCAGUCAACGAGGAAUCGGUCUGUGUCACCGGUAUCACAUCGGUAUCCUGCUGCAGGUGCAAAUUCUGCCCCGAUUCCGCAAACUAUUCGUGGACUACCUGUUACGAUGGAUGCGGGUGGUCUCACAGUUUCCCCGCCUUUACAUUCCCCGAGACCGGUCCUCAGUCCCAAGACAAGUUUUGCAAUCCCCUCGUCUCCGAAGAGUGAGCGGGUUGAGGAGCUGGAGCGGAUGGCGGACGAGGUUGCGAAGAAGACGACCAAUUUGUCGGGAGACUUGCCCAAGUCGAGUUUGGAGCCUCUGGCGGGUGCCACACUUGCUGUUGUGGAGGACAAGAAGAGCAGCAAGCGGAGGAGCAAGAGCAAAGAGUCCUCGAAGAGCAAGGGCACCAAACGGGAGAAGAAGAAGAAGGCUGAGCUACAAGAGGUAGAUGACGUCAACGUUAACAAAACGUUGCCGGGGCCACCCGUUCCGUCUGGAAAAGUCUCUUCAGUACCCGCUCAGCGGACUCGCAUCGACACGUAUUUCAAUGUGGGCCCGUCUUCUCCGCCAGUUCCGGAAUCUCCGGGGCUUGCAACGCCGAAGUUGGGGGCAGAAUCCUUUACCCCAAAGACGCCCACAAUCAUGGCUGUCAGCAAGCGACCAUCGAAUUUGGGCUUGGCGGUGCCGUUACCGACUUCGGAAAGCGGCUUAGAUGCGCUGGAAAGGCGGCUGUUGGCGGAUGUCGGGACGAGGAAGGUGCCGGCGCCUGCACGACCGGAUGCAAGGACGGUUCUUGCAGGUGGGAGUGCGCCUGUUGAUAUACCGAUGAAACGGGAUAGCAGCAGUAAUGCGGAUGAUUCGGUUAUUUCGAGUUUGACGCUUGCUGGGGAGCGCGAGCGAGAGCUAGAACGGGAGCGCGAGAGGGAGGAGGAGGAGAGGGACCGUGACUCUGACGAGCGGACACAGGGGGCGAAGAAGAGCUCGUCUGGGAGGACGGAGAAGGGAGAGGCUGGUGAGAGGAAGAGCGGCCGCAAGAAGGAGAAACCCAAGGAGGGUGCGGUCCGGAAGGCUGCGAAAGGAAGGGUCGCAGCUUGGCUGGGUGGUAUUGACAUGGAUGCUCCGCCAGAUGUCGAUGCUGUACCGCCCAGUCCAGAGUUGUUGGAUGAUGCUGAGCCUGUUGCUCGUGCUGAACGGGUGCUUUCUGACGACGAGCGGGUCGUGAAGAAAGUGACACCUCCGACAUCGCCUACCAAAGAUAGCGAGGCUUCCCCGAACCCGCGGUCUUCUGGGUUUGUGCCCGUUAAGACAUUCAAGCGGGAUCCGUUCCAACGGGUGAUUGGGGCCAGCCCUGCAGACGAGGCGAAACGGAUCGCAGAUCUUUGGGCUCACAAUACCGUCAAACCCGCGAAAGGGCCGGCGGCUUUACCACGAGUUGUUUCGCCAACACAUAUACCACAAUCCGUUCAUACGGAUCGGAAGGUGUCUCCUCCGUCUUCAAGGCCAAACGAUGCUGCAUUGCCGAACAUGAAAUCACCGCGAUUGCCGUUGUUCCCUCCCCCAUUGGACCCCGAGGUUAAAUACGAUAUUCGCUCAGCUCGGGGCGGAAGGGGCGGGAAAGUUACUGCGAUUACGUCGCUUUGGGCGUCUGGAGCUCUUGCAGAGAAGGACAAAUCUCCUCCACCAGCUGCACCCAAGAAACCAGUUGCUUCGGCUGCAGCAGACCUUUUACGCAACAAACCUGCUGUUGCUGCGAAAUCUCCGACAUCUCCGUUGGCUGCAGCUGCGAAGGCGAAAGCUCCGGUUGCGGCUCCCGCUACGAGUGGUCCUGCCAAAGUGGACAAGGAGAAGCCUUUGACUUCGAGGCCUGUCAUCAAGUCUGCAAGUGUCCCCGCGCUUGUUUCCUCUUCCCAUGCAACGCCAACACUCUCAUCGACCGCCUCACUGGCUAGACCUACGCCAAGGCCAUCGCGGCCCACAUCUGCUGCGGUUAAACCUCCCCCGACGAUUGUCGAAUCUGCGAGCGAGGUUGUUGCUGGGUUCAAGGGGCGUGUUCAGGCGAGUCUGGCUGCAUCGAGGGCUGCUGCAGUGCCCCCUGGGGCGGCGCCUCCGACGAGUCCAAAGCCUGGUGAUCUGGCGUUUGGCCAGGCGCGGCUGCGCGAUCUAAUCAAGAAGUAUCAAGGGCAGACCGCUGCUUGA